AUGGAGGAUGCCAGUUCAGUGACAACGUUCGAGGCCUGCAGAUCAGCGAUCCAGCUGUUUUUGCCGGCUUGGUUCCUCUUAGAGAACGUCGAUAUCGACUCAGGCACGGAGAAGGACAACGAAUCCAAGUCGAAUUCCAAUUUGACUUUGAUUCUCCAAGCGCUGACGGCACUUGGUUACACCGUCCGAACCUUCUUGCUGAACUCGCAAGACUAUGGCGUGCCGCAAAGGCGCGUGCGCCUCUACUUUGUCGGGUACCGGACUGCUGAUUACAUGCUGCCGGAUGACUCUGAGUCUGUUAAGGCGGAGCUCGAGCGUCGCGCAGACAUGCGUGCGAAGAAAGAUGAGCAGAAAACCAGGGAGGCAAGCAAGGAGAAGGACGGUGGGGAUGACGAUGGCAUCGAUGACGUGAAGGACAAGUCGAAAUGGCAGGCCCUGCACAUGUCCAUUGCUGAGAGCAGAUUCCUGGCUCAAAGUUUCUGA